CAAAUAUUGGCUCAGUAUAUUCCAAUUAUGUUCGUUACUGACUCUAAUUUAUUUAACAUAAGCUUACUUACCAUCGGAUUCUAUUAGUAUUCACAUUUUGAAUCAACAUCACAACUAUUCUCUGCUACAAAAUCCUCGACUAUGUUUCCACCUCUGAACUCCUUCAGCGAAAGGAGCAGCACAACAACAGAAUAAUAUUGAUGGUAGAAUUUACACUGCGGCCGAUUUAAACUCUUCAACUGUUAUAUAUAUUUUACUCUUCUUUUAUUCGGUUUUAUUGCCUCUAUUUUUGCUUCCUGCUGCCAAUAAGAACAAACACAAGACCAAGUUGGCUGAUUGAAAAUGCAAAAACAACAACACACUACAGCGCCAUCUAACGAAUAUCACCAAAUACCAGACACGAACACACAAACUUCAGAUGACAUUUUCUUGUUUCUUCUACAAUAAUAAUAAAUAUGUCAACUUUACGACCAAAAACCUAUUAGACAUUGGUCUCAUCUUCUUCCCUUAAUUACUUUUUCCUUUUAAACUCGAAAUAAAGGACAAUUCUAGUUAGAAGCCAACCAGUCUUAAACAUGCAUUCAAUUACUAAUUUUAUCAGAAAAACUGUUCACUAAUUAACAACAAUAUUCAAACAGGUGAACAUGAAAAUACUUCAGUUCCUUUCAGCGCGUGUUACUUUAUUAGUUCUUACCACGAUUUUAAAUUGCAGUCGUCAAAUUCGUUGCAAUCAAAAUUUUCAAAAGCUUCUUGACAUCAGUCAUUUGAAUAAUGACUUCAUUAAUAUUUCAAACUACCGUGGUUUGUUUACUGUCACACCAAUUACUGUCACCAAACACUCACUUGUUUUCUACACUGACUUGGAACACAUUUACGUCUUCGAUCUACUCAAUUCCUGGCUCAAAAAAUAUCCCCUCGCACAGUUGAGUGAUGGCCUUAAAGUUACAAGUUACCAUUGCUCGUCCGUAACCAGCAAGCUAAAUGUAAUGCAAACUGCCAAAAAGGGAGACGGCUUAACCUCUAACUUAAUUUUGUCUAUCUGCUUCGAAAAGUGCCAAACUGCAGUGAUAAAUUCUUUUUGCUUUCUUGUUCCAAUUAGCGUACAAAAUUCUGAAGUCAAAUACGACCCAGAAAAAAUCAUCAAGCUAGAAAACUUCGCCCAGAUUUAUCUCUUCGACGAAACUUCUGAAAACGAAGACCGAAUUUUGACAGCCCAUGGACUAAAUACUGGAACUUUAAAACCCUCUGAAGUCAUGUUUGGAUACAACCUGGAAACAAACGUUUUGAAUAUUCGGUGGAGAAACGACUUGGAAUUCGAUUUCGGAUCCAAAAUUAUCGAAAAUAACCAACAGAAAAUUCUUUUGAGCAAUUCGCAAAAAAUUUUUAAAAAUGAAAACGCUAUCGGAAUUUCGAUUUACACGCAAGAUAAUUGGAUACAAUCGGACAAUGAAGAAAUAUUCACCAUUAUUGUUAGUAACUUUUCAAACCCCGAUGAAACUAAAUCCGUAUCCUUAUCUGCUAAGUGCCAAUUUCUAAAAGCCACACCUGAAAAAUGCAAGAACAAAGAUUUGAUUCAGUCCAAAUUAGCUCUAGCAGAUAUUUCUGAAUCACGAAUAACUGUUACUCGCUCUUUAAUUCACGAUCUGAGCUCAACCGAGUUCUGCUCGAUUGAUAUCGACGACCUGAUUUAUCAAUAUGAGCAAUGCUUAAACUCAGCUCAAUGCUCAAUAAAUGGAAAAGAAAUUCAGACAACACCAGACAUCAGUGCUAAAACUUUUCUCGAUAUUGAAUCAUUCUCCGUGAUAGACGUGACGGAAAAAGAUUUAAUGCUAGCAAUUACUCGAAAUCCAAUCAAUGACAAGUUAUUACUAGAACGAUUUGUGCUGAAAAAAUUCAGAAAUGCGGAUCAAAAUACAACUUCUCUUUUUCAACUCGAUACCAUUUUGAUACUUGAAAACAAUUCUGAAUUAGAAUUAAAAUUAACUCAAAGCCAACUUGUUCUCAAGCAAACAUCAUCGGCAAAACAAAAGACAGAAUUUCUCAAGCUAUCCCAAUUUUUCCCUCAAUGCGACUCAGCUUCAAAUUGUUUUCAAUGCCAGUCAAAUGUUUUCGGCCUGCGUUCAAAAUGCAAAUGGCAAAACAAUCGCUGCGAGGAAACGUCAGAUCCAAACACCCAUCCAAUUUGCAGUCCCGUUAUCGAAUCAGUUUCGCCGACAAUUGUUCACCUCACAGAAUCUUACGAUAUCACCAUAUAUGGCAGCUCACUAAGUCAUGAGUUCAAGGUCAGUUGUAAAGUGUUCACAGAAAACAAUCCCAAAUCUGGAAGCCCACAUGAUGAUGUGAUCAUUGCUGCAAAUCAAGAACUGAACUCUUUUAACUUCGCAAAGGAGGUUCAAUUUAACAUAGGCGGAAAUUUGGUACAUUCCCUCAAAUCACUCAAAUGUCAAGCCAAUUUUGAAAAAGUUUACAGAGGAGAUUUGGAGAUGACAUUAGAUUCAGGAUCUGUUGAGUUUCCUUCGCUGAUCAAAAUCACUGAUCCUAAAAUAACAAAUGUUUAUCCCAAAAUUAUACCAUUUACUACUGGAACACUGCUGACAGUCGAAGGAGAGAAUCUCUGGAACGGUGACGUCACAGAGAGAGAUCCAGAGCUAGAGAUCACCCAAGUUCAUGAUGACAACAGGUUUUUAAUUGCAUGUGCACAUACAAACAGGACUGCAAACUCAAUAACAUUCCUGGUCAAGAAACCAAAAGAAAGUCGGAGCCAACCAAGCCAAACCUUGCAACCAGGAGAAGCUUUCGUCAGCUUGCAAUAUGGAUCACUAUUUCGAAGGUGGCAGCGGGACACACUAACCAUACAGGAUCCAUCCAACAUUCAAAUGAUCCAGGACAAAAUAAUCAAAUCAGGAGGCAUGGAUGUCGUGUUUAUUGGCAACGCCAUUGAAGCUAUUCCAAAACCAGUUUUGAUAACAACAGUUUUGAAUCAAAGUUCAGCUGCAGCUGAGAUAAUAUUCGAAUCAGGCGAAAAAAAUUGCAAAUUCCAACCCUCGCAAAGUGAAAUUCCAUUCGCUUUUCUAAAAUGCAGAGUAACUCCAAUUCCUCGUUACUUGACCUCAGAUAACCUUGAUUACGACAUCUCGACUGUAGUUAGCUUAAAAUCAUCAAAGUCACUCAAAGAUCUUCAUUGUGUUACACAACAGGAAACAUGUGGUUUCUUCGAUGACCUCUUAUCAGGCGAGGAAAACGAAGUCACUUUUGUGGACAAUCCGACCAUUUACAAAAUAGACGGGCCAAACUCUCUCAAACUCAACUCAGCUCAGGAUCGGUUAUUGAAUAUCAGUUACAGCGACAUGGAUUUAGACUGGCUUAAAUACCGAGUGGUAAGCGUAUUGAUCGGCGAUAGCGGCGAAUGCGUAAUCAAAAAUUAUACCAAUACGACUUUAACUUGCGAGGCGCCGAGUAACAUUCCGCGCCAGUCGCCAAUCAUGGUCUACCUCGGAACCGAAUACAGCGUCAACGUCGGCAUGUUCUACUACGAAAAAGAAACGAGCAUGUUCUUGUUGUACCUAACUAUCGGCUGCAGUAUUGCCUUUCUAUUUAUUUUCCUUUUCAUUAGUUUUAUAGUUUGCCUGCAACGCAAGUCAAAAUCUCAGGACCAAAAAGACGGUUACAAUGGCCCCACAUUGAGUACCGCCAACAACAUAUCUAUGCACUCUCUUGACCUCGCAAACGAAGAUCCCGUUUCCAUCAUACCCGAAGAAGAACUAGAACAGCUAAAUGAGUUCACAGAUAGCAAAGGCAUCCAGAUAUACGCAUCGCAAAGAGUUUCUCCUGUGCUCAUUUUGGGAAUUAGUGAAAAACCAAUAGGCCACGGUCAGUUUGGCGAAGUUUAUCGUGCUGUUCUGAAAUACCCCCAGGAACUAAACAGGAACCGAAAUACUGAUCUAAUUAACAUUGCUUUGAAAUGCGUGCGUAAAAGACCAAACAGUCAUCAAAACAAGCAAAUUUGGAGUCAGUUAAUUCAAGAGGGCGAUUCUAUGACUGAUUUCUCACAUAAAAACGUCCUUGGAAUGCUUGGUUUUAGUUACAUCUUCCCUCCUAACAAAUCAGACGCCGAGUUUUGCAUAGUAUUACCAUUUAUGAAUGCAGGGAACCUUCAUAGCUACUUGCGUCAAAAUGGUUCCCAACUACAUAACGAUCUCUUGGCCGAUUUUGCAUUCCAAGCAGCAUGUGGUAUGGAGUACCUACACGAUAACGGAAUUUUGCACCAAGAUUUAGCAGCUCGAAAUUGCAUGUUGGACAUCGCCGAAACCACUAGUGAAGUCACUCUAAAAGUGUCUGAUUUUGGACUGAGUACAGAAGCCACCAGUCAGCAGAAAGCGAGCGUCCUCCCUAUUAUGUGGUGUGCACCUGAACUUCUCAAAUCACAGAACUCAGAACGGGUUUACUAUCAAAACGGAACCGAGCCCAGUUACAGAGACUUCUGCUCGCUUCCCGUUUGGAGCAAGGAGGCGGAUGUUUGGGCUUACGGGGUCCUCGUCUGGGAAAUAUUCCACGAGGGAAGGAAUCCUUACCAGCAUUUGGGUAAAGUGUCCACUGACAAUAUGAAGUAUCAAAUAGCUUACAAUCAGGAACGUCCUAGAAUCGAAAGCCAUGUUGAGAUGGACACAAUGAUUGAGAUCAUGAACCUAUGCUGGAAACAGGAUCCGAAAGACAGACCAACAUUUAGGGAAAUCCGGACUCAAUUAGAACACCUAUUUGACCUGGCAGAUGAACAAGAAGAUGCCGAAGAAGCAGAUUCGAAUACCUUUGCCGCAUUGCCUACAGAAAGAGAUGCUUCAGCUAUCAACUACAGCCACAAUGACGCCUAUCAAGAUGACGACAACCCCAGGGUAACCUCUGAGGUUUAGUAGGAAGCAAAUACUUUAAAAAAUCACUUAAUAAUCAUUUUGAAUCAAAUUAUUGUUUUCAUUAUAACAUAGUUAU